AGGAAUUUUCUUGGUUGCUGCAGCUGUGGAAAACAAAAGACUUAAGUUUUCAUAAAUAGUCAGUCUCCCAUGACAAUAAACACUUUUAAUUAAAAUUGGAAAAAAAAUGGACAGGCGGCUAAAUGAAGCAGUUUUCAGGGGAGAUGUUCAAGCCAUUGAAAAACUCAUUGAAGAAGAUGUAAAUAUAGUAAAACAAACCAUUGAAGGAUCAUUACACACAAUAUUGCACCUAGCAGCUAGACUUGGCCAUGUUGAAUUGGCCAUGGUGAUCAUGAAGUUGUUCCCGGAGAUGUCGUCGGCCGAGAACCGGGAUUUGGAGACUCCUUUGCAUGAAGCAUGCAGAGAAGGGAGGCUUGAAAUUGUGAGACUGUUACUUGAGAAUGAUCCUUGGGUUGCUUACAAGACCAAUAUGUGGGAUAAGAGUGUGCUUUAUGUAGCAUGUGAGAGAGGGAGGAUUGACGUGGUUAAACAUUUGUUAAAUAAUGUGCAGAUGCUGUUGAUGCUUGAAGUUGAUAUGUCCACUACUUCACUUCAUGCUGCAGCUUCAUCCGGCCAUACAGGUAAAAUUAAACUCAUUCUUUGUUUCCUUAUUUUAUAUAGGUGGUGUCAGACAUACCUCAACUGAUCCACCGACUAUCUGCUACCUCUCAUUGCAUAAAUAUUUGGUCAUUCUAACUUAGAUGAUAUGAAGAAAUCACUUA